CGACAUGAUGUGCAUGUCCCUUUCGCUUUCUCUCCCAAUCUUUGCAUUUCGUGUCGCAGGUGAGUCUGAUAGAAUCAAUAGCCAUGCAGAUUUUUCUUACUUGUCAAACAUGCGAAACCUUCGCAGGUAAUAAUAUUAGUAGUCUCUACGAUCACUAGCGAGAAUCGUAGUUGCUCUUGAUAUCUCCUUGGUUAGGCAUGAUCGACAUCAUAUGGGCGUAGAGGUAGAGUUAUUCUACAGUUAAGAAAUACACAUGACAUGAUUGGCGCAAAAAACCUAACAUUUCGUGUUUUCUUGAUUCGAAGGCUCUAGUCAGUGAGUGUGAUCCUGUCACAACUUCCUGUGCAUAAUAGUAUUCUUGGAAAAAAUGCUUUGCCCCGGCGCUUGGUUGGGCUCUGGGUCGUCUGUAGUGCAUCCGUGACUCGGCCGGGUUGCACGUCACUUCCAUUAUACAUCGAGGCUCUCUUCAUACUGUUUUCCUGUCGCUGAGGACGAGACCUCGUCGAAGAAUUCAAAGAGCAGUGGCUGUUUCCGUAAAUGGCUCAACCUGUGGGAUUUCCCUCAUCCUCGUCCUCCUCCUCUCAGCAGCCUGGGCUUAGUUCUUUGACGGGUGGUGCACCAGCGGCAGGCAUGGAGCGAAGGGCGCGGGUGGAUUAUACGCGGCGGAUGGACGUGGACCAAAAGGCCAUGCUGAUUGGGGCGCGGUCAAAACGCGGACCAGUGGAGAUGGGGGCAGUGGGCGGAGGCAGCAGCUCAUCCUCAAACCAGAUGGCCGGUGGUAACCAGAUUUUGCAGGAGGAAAACGACGAGUACAUCAGUACGCUGCUGGGCAAAGUAAGUAGUCUGAAGGGCGUGGCCCAGGGCAUCGGACAGGACGUGAUAGCGGGAAAUAGCAUAUUGGACGGCCUGUCAGACGAUUUCGAUCGCGCAGGCGGGGGACUCAAAGGAACAGCAGCGAUGCUCAACGGGAUGAUGAAGAGAAGCACGGGGAAUCACAUGUGCCACAUGCUGCUAUUCGUUCUUUUCAUCUUCUUCCUCAUGUGGUGGUUCAUGUGAUGCGAGCAGGCUGGAGGACGAACACAAUUUCAGUUUUAGCCCUUCUGAUGUUUGUUGCGAUCUCCAAUCAUUUAUAUUAACGACACUUCUAUUUCAGCCUCCUCCUAAUUAAAGCAUUCCUUGGGAUCAAAGGCGGUGCCUACCCGAAGCAUCAAAGCAUGAUCGAUCAUGUCUAAAUAUGAAUUUUUCUCAUCCUGCCAAGACCGACAAACUCUCAUCACAUGUCCCUUUUUCUCUCUUUUCACAAACCUGCUUUCAAAAACCUACUUUAUUGACGGCUACGCUUGCGACCUUGGCAUCGCACAUUUCAACUCCUCUACG